ACACUCAAUUGAUAUCGUUAUCAGGUACUUUUUUUAAUUAUUAGUUUAGAUGCUAUAUAAUCAUGAUUUAUUUCUUGAUAUCUAGGUUCUAAUAGACAAGCACUUGUUGAACAUUUAAUACAGUCUGGUAUUGUAAGCACUGUUAUUUGUCUCUUAAAAUCUGAAAAAUUAUCUCCUCCUCUUACUGCCAAAAUUGGUGAACUCAUAGCUGAAUUGGCAAAAGUAGAUAUUGCUAGAAAACCAUGUACAGACGUAAGUAUGGUUGGACCUCUUGUGGAUCUCUUAUCUAGUGAAGAUAAUCAGACAGUUCUGCAAGUGUGUCGUGCCUUGGCUAAUAUCUGUUAUGAUAAUGAUGUUGCUCGAAACUUGGUGAAAGAACAACAUGGAGUUGGAAAAAUGGUUGAUUUGCUUAGAAGGCUAUUAAAAUUAGAAGAAAUUCCAGAUAGUUUGCGUAAUGUAGCAUCAGGAUGUCUUUUAAAUUUGACUGAUACUUAUGAAGAAGUGCAAGAAAGUGCAUUACAAGCUGGAAUUUUAGAUGUGCUAUUGAAUUACUUGGAUAGAUUUCAUCAAGAUGAAGAUGUUGCUACACAUUGCUUGCUUGUUUUGAAUUGUCUUGCAGACUGUGAUGCUGGCAGAAAUAAAUUAAUGGAGAAACCAAUUUUAUCAUCAUUAAUGAAUAUUCUUGGAAAAAAUAUAACUGAAGAUGUUAUGGAAUCACUUUUAGAACUAUUUGGUAAUCUUGCUGAAUGUGAUAGUGUUAAACUACAAUUAGCUGAAUUAGGCUUAUGUGAUCAUUUACUAAUUAUUUUAAAAAGAAGUCAAGGUAAACCUGGAGAAGAACACCAAAGUAUUGUAAAAAUGGUUUGUGACCUGGUUGUGCUUAUAUUAACUGGUGAUGCUAGCAUGGAUUAUCUAUAUAAUAAAGGCCAAGGCAGCAUUUAUAAAGAAAGUUUAAUGUGGUUAAUGUCUACUGAUGACAAUUUACAAAUAGCAGGCUCUUUGGCUGCUGGUAAUUUUGCUAGAAAAGAUGAACAUUGUAUUCAAAUGGUAAAAGAUGGUGUUCCAAAGCAUUUAUUAUUACUUUUACAAAAUCAUUCCGGAAAGGAUGGCGAUAUUAGACUUCAGCAUGCCAUACUAUCUGCACUUAGAAAUUUAUCAAUUCCAUUACAAAACAAACCACUUUUGACAGAACUUGGUGUAGUGGAAAAAAUUCUUCCAAUGGUUGAUGUAGAAACAUUUCCAGUUGUAUUUAAAUUACUAGGAACUAUUCGAAUGUUAGUUGACAAACAAGAUAAAAUUGCUAAUAGUUUAGGUGAAAACAUUCCAUUUAUUCAAAGAUUAAUUGGUUGGUGUACAACAGAAGAUCAUCCUGGUGUUAAGGGUGAGUCAACAAGAUUAUUGGCUUGGCUAGUAAAAAAUUGCAGUUCCAAAACAGUAUUAAUGAAUUUGCUAAAAGAAAAUGCUCUUCCAUAUCUUGUUAAUAUGCUGAAUUCUGAGCAUGAAGUCAUGCAAAAUGAAGCCCUUACUGCAUUAUUUAUUGUGGCCUCUGAUGUAUUGUCUGAAGCAGAAAAAAUGUUGAGAGAAGUCGAACUAUUAAAAAUGGCACAUCAACUGUUAAAACAUUCUAAUGAUUCAGUGGAUAUACUUGAUAAACUCUUAGCUUUAUAUGUUGUUUUAGCUUCUUCAGAAAUGAUGAAAUUGGAAAUGCAGAAAUUAAACAUUUGUGAUGAUAUAACAACUUUAACAGAUCACAGCAACUCAAAUAUCUGUGAAAAAGCACAGAAAGUAUUAAAUUUAUUAAAGGUUCCUUGAAAGUCUUUAUAACUGCAAAUUAGAUAAGUCAUUUGAAUAUUGAAAUGAGAUUGGAAGUCUUGAUUAAUAUAAGCUUGAUAUCUUACAUAUAACUAAAAUAAAUAAAUAAAAAUAUAAAUAUAUAAAUAUAUAUAUAUAUAUAUUAUAUGACAACAGUUGAAAUUUACAAAAAGUGAUAUAAUUUUCUCAAUAUAUUUGCACAUGCUUAGACAGUAAAUACGUAUGCAUCAUUUUUAGAAAUUGCUUGUAUAAAAAAAAAACACUGAAUUUAGUUAUUUCAUACUUUAACUCACAAAUUAUUUUUGAACAAAAGGAAAAAAUAUAGCUUCUGUAUAAAGCUGCUAAA